CCCACCCUUCUUCCACUCCUGGUGGGUAAAGUCUUCCAGACCCCCGCAGACACACACAGCAGCAGGACUUCCCUUUCUUCUGCAGACUGCACCAACGUCAGAGAGGAGCCGGACUCACCUGGAAGGAUCUCGGCUCGUCGUGAACAGAAGUGGACCCAACAUGGCAUCCCAGAGCCCAGCGCUCCCACAGUCCUUCUCUCCUGGGACAGACAGCGUCUUUUCUGACCAGUCAGGCUUCUAUUCACUCGACUCCAAUGUUCCUGGACUCUCUAAGGUGAUUCUCAACCAGCUCAGCAUGAAGGACUACGGAGAAUACAGGGCUGCUGUGGAGGGAAAGACUAAAGGACUCCGGUUCCGCAGCUACAAGGAGAUGUUCCAGAAGAUGGAGGAAACCUUCAAGUUCUGCGCCAGCUGCAACAAACUCCCGGAGCGUCUCGCCGAGGGACAGACCCUGAAGCGCUGUGUGAAGUGUUUGAAUGUGUACUACUGCACAAAGGACUGUCAGAAAAAGGACUGGCCUCAUCACAAGAAGGUCUGCAAAAUCCUGCGAUUGGUGGCCAUUGACCGGUUGGUGGAGUGGCUGAUGUUCACUGGAGAUCUUCCAAUCCCAACUGAGCAAUGGUCCAAAGCACCUGCAGAUGUGAAGGGUUGGGACGACUGGCUUCCCAUGCAGGAGGGCCUCACCCAAAGUCUGGACAGAAUCCUAUCCAGCGCCAACAUGGCAGCUCUGUGGAAGAACGCCGACAGGACCCGACCAGACGAUGACGACCUGAAACAGUCCUUAUGGAGGAUUCAGAGCGAGUUCAUAUCUCGGGUUCUGACCGUAGGAAGGGCAAUUCAGCAGUUUGGGCUGGACCCGUAUCUGAAGCCUCUCACCGUUCACAUCGUAGGGGCCUCCCACAGUGAGACUAUGGGAGCCAGACUGACUGACUAUGACGAGCUGAGCCACAUGUUUCCUGGACACCAGGGCAUUGAGAUAGUGAUGGUGGGCCCUGAGGUGGUGGACGGCCGCAUCGUGAGACCUCCGCUCAGAGCAUUUGGCCCCAAGCACAAGGUGUACAUCAGUGCCUAUAAGGGCCUCUACCAUCAGUUCUGGGAGGAUGUGGUGGAGAAAGGGGAAGCUGCCAGGCCAGACGUUGUAGUUGGAUUCCACCCAGGUUUCCACGCCAACCAGGGUUUGGUCCAGGGCUGGCUGCCCUCCCUCCUGCUGCUCAGAGACUACAACAUCCCGUCUUUCUUCACUAUGUUCAGUGACAUGGAGCUCCAGUAUUCCCUGCAGAUCCUGCUGGAGCUGGAGAUGCACAUCAGAGACAGCGGGCCCAGUCCGUUCAGCUCCCAGAAACCGGAGCAGGUCCAGGCCUGUCCUAACAAACCGCUGGUCUACUGCAACUCCCACUACGUCUGCUUCCAGGGCCUCCUGCCUCGGGAUGACCUCCAGGGGUCACGUUAAGGAUGAGGUCUGAGGGCACGAAUGUUAGGGCCACACUAAGAAAUUACGACUUUAUUCUCAUAUUGUUAUGACUUUAUUCUCAUAAUACUCAUUAUUCUUGUAUGAGUCAUUGUACGACUUUAUCCUUGUAAUAUUUUGACUUUAUUCUUGUUAUAUUAUGAUUUCAUUUUUGUAAUAUUAUG